AUGGCCGGCGAUACUAGGCUCACGCAGCCGCGAAGUUUCUCCGAUCCGGCAGCCGGAAACGCGCCUAACACAGCGCCGCGUAACGCGGCGCCAAUCCCGGCGGCGGAGCUUCCGCCGCCCUCAUUCCACGUGGACGUGGCGAUUGCGGGCGGCGGCCUCGCGGGGCUCGCGCUCGCCGCCGGCCUGCAGUCGCGCGGCGUCGAGGCGGCCGUUUUCGAGGCAGCGCCCGCGCUGCGAUCGAGCAACAGCACCGUCCUCGUCAUCUGGCCGAACGGCGCCGCCGCCCUCGACGGAAUCCUGCCCGGGUUGAGCGCUUCCGUGGCGCGACACGGCACGCUGCCCAGGGGAGGCGGAGAGGCGGAAGCGGGGGAAACGGGGGGGACGGGGGGAGCAGGGGAAGCGGGGGAAGCUGGAAGAGCUUGGGAAGCGGGAGGAGUGAGGGGAGCGGUGGGAUUGGGGGAGGGGAGUGAAGAAAGCGGAAGAAGUGAGGUUGAGGCGGUAAAUGUGGUCUGUGAGGUCGCGGGUUCGAAUCCUGGCGAGAAGCAAUUAGUGGUUGUGAGGGCGAAGGUGCUCGUGGGAGCUGAUGGAGUGAGAUCAGCCUUGCGAUACGUGGAUUACGAAAUGGACCCAACACUCCAAGGCACCCCCUUUGCAGGCUUCGGCAGCAAGCACAACAUUAAAGCCCGCCUCCUCCCUCUCAUCCAAACCAACCUCCCGCACCACCCGCUCUGGGAACGAGCCUUCCAAGAAGCUUCCUCCACCCCGGAGAAUCUAAUCUUCGAGCGUCGCCAGCUGGACCGUCCGCCGCCCGCUGAUUCGUGGAGCGACCCUGUAUGCGGUAACAGGGUUGUUCUUAUAGGGGAUGCGGCUCAUGCCAUGGAUCCUGGGCCGGGGCAGGGGGCACUGACAGGGUUUGAGGAUGCUCACCAGUUGUCCCUGUGCUUGGGUGAGGCGGGGGAUCCGGACCUGCUUACCAAGCCUGCUGCCGUGGCUGCUGCGGUUCGGGAGUUUGAGGCUCGACGGAUAGCGCGAUGCGUGAAGGUGCAUCGGCAUGCGACCGGGCUGAUUGGGUAUGGGGAGGAGGGGAGGGAGUUCAAGAGCAGGAGUGUGGAGCAUCAGAUGAAAGCUAGCAUGGAGUUGACGAGGUGGAUGUACUCUUACCCUGACAAGAUCGAUGGCGAUCCAGAGUCCAAUUUUUUCAAGUGA